CUCGUAAAGUACGCAUACCGAACUUUGUUGCAUAGUAACGUCAUAAUUCACCAACCCAUAUAAAUAUAGAAAAUUAACAUGCCUUCACCAAAUGUAUGUUUAAGGCUAAACUAUACUAGGCACUAAUUUCCUAUAUGGACAAACGUUACUCGUUAGUAUCACAAAGGACAUUGAUAUGUGUGAACGACUACUACAAGUAUUAUUCGCAAUGCAUUCGAUAAAAUCUUUUUUAUUAGUUAUAUUGGCUGGUAUUACAGUAUUUUUAGUACAUCAAACAUUCCAAACAGAGACAUGUUACCAAAGGAAUCAGAAACCAUAUUCAUUUUUUGGGUCUAAAACGUCCUACAGCUUUGUAUCCGGUACAGAUCUGAACACACCUUCAGAUUGUCAUGCUGUACAAAUAUGGAUGAUGUCCAGGCAUGGUACUCGUUACCCUUCAAAAGAAAUGAUAAUGGAAUUUAAAACAAAAUUAAAUUUGUUGAAAAGCAAUAUUUCGUCAUUAUCGCCUAUGUGUUGGGAAGACAUCAAUGCAAUUCGUAACUGGAACGUAAAUUUAUCAUCUCUAAACCAUUAUUCAUUACAUGAUCAAGGUGUAAAAGAAUUGAAAACAUUGGCUUUAAAACUCAAACAACUAUUCCCACAGAUUUUUAAUACGUCGUACAAAGAUUCUAAGUUUAAAUUUUUAUCGACGUCUAAACCACGAGCAUUAGCUAGUGCAACUGUUUUUUAUCAAUCUUUAUUUAACGAAAAUCCCAAAAUGGAUUUACCAACAUCAAAAAGCGAUGACAGAAUUAAUCUCUCAAAAUGUAAAGCAAUUGAUGACGAUGACAAUAUGGAAAGUGAGGAAGAGGUAAAAAAGUUUGAAAAAGGUCCAUUAGUACAAUCUGUAAUAUCAAGAGUUUCUAAGAAAAUGGGACUUAAUCAAAAUAUUAUGUAUGGUGAUGUUAAGUUAAUGUUUGAGUCAUGCAAAUAUGAAAAAGCCUGGUCACCUGACUCGCAUCCUCCAUGGUGUGCACUUUUUUCAACAAAUGAUUUAGAAAUUCUUGAAUAUCUGGAAGAUCUUAAAUAUUAUUACAAAAAUGGUUAUGGUAACUCUGUAGCACUACAUCUGGGAUGUCCAAUAGUAAAAGAUUUACUAGAAAAUUUCAAAAAUAAUACUCAGAAACAAAUUGGGCCAUUAGGGAUAUUCUACUUUGGGCAUACACCAAACAUAUUAAGUAUUGUUACCCAACUUAGAAUUGCAAAAGAUGAUUCACCAUUACUUAGUACAAAUUUUGAUCAUAUGAAAAAUAGAAGAUGGAAAAUAUCAUAUAUAAAUCCAUUUGCAUCAAAUAUUAUAGCAGUGUUUUAUAAAUGUCAAGAGGGUAAUAAAGUUAUGUUUUUAUUGAAUGAACAUGUCAUUCCAAUGAAUAAGGAAUCGUGCAAACUAUGCCCAUGGGAACCAAUUAGAAAUAUGUUAAACACAACAAUUUCUAAUCAAACAUGUAAUUUAAAGUUUUGUUCUAGUUCUACAUCAAUAAUAUCUAAAAACAAAAUUCUUACAUUACUAUCUUUGUUUUAUACUUUAUUUUUUAACUUUUAUGCUUAG